AUGAAUCAAGUACGAUACUUAUCGUACAAGUAUUCUAAGAAGGUUAACUGUUCACCUAAACAGAUCUUCGAUGUGGUAAUCGAUAUAAAGAACUAUAAGAAUUUCAUACCCUUUGUCACCAAUUCAUAUCAUUCCCUUCCCUAUGAAAUCAACCAUACUUCAUCAUCAAUUGUAAAUAGUCAGUCACAGCAAGGUAACGGUACAGGGGGGUUCGAUAUGAACUGGAAUGGUUACCAAGAAGAAAUUAGUUGCCAGAUAUCCUACAAGGUCAACCAAGAGAUCAUUUCAAGAUGUGAAACAGGAGUAUUCAAACAUCUCCUCGUUCAAUGGAAUUUUUCACCAUUCAAGAAUAAUUUAACCAAUAAAGAUCAAACUAACGUGGAAUUACAAUUAGAUUAUGAAUUUAACAACUUCCUUUAUAAUAACUUGAGUUCCCUAGUCAAUCAACAAUUAAGUAAGUUGAUGAUCAAGUCGUUUGAAAAACAAGUAAAGAUACAAAAUAGAGAAAUAUAG